GGAGUCCAGAGUCAUGACUGACCCAGACUUUGUUCAGUAAACAGGAGCUGCCUGUCUCACCGCCCACUCUACUGCUUACACCGUGUAGCUCUGUCCCUUGCUGUGCCCCUGCUGGGGCGAGUGUUCAGGGUUCUAGCCUGGUAGCCAGGCCCCACUUGUGGAAGGGCACGUUUGGAACGUCUCUGCUUGUUUGGGGCAAGGCAGCUUUCAGAGGCACCCUCUCCCCUCUGACCCUCCUGCCUCACCCUCGUGUUCAUGCACCUACCUGGCUGGUUUCCCUGGUGGAGCUGCCCAGGCUCCCUCGCCUGUGCUCUCUCCCUUACUUCUUUCCCUGACCUUAGCCUCUUGCCAAGCCUGAUUUGCUCCAGGAAGCACCACUGCCCUGGGCUUUUGAGUUUUCAGAGCCAGCCUCUGCCAGGGCCCCCACUGCUCAUUGAGAGGGAGGGUGGGUGGCAUAGAGCCCUGGCAGCUGGGGCCAAGGGGCUCUCUUCCUGGCUAGGGGCUACUCUGCUGGCAAAUCAUUUUCCUGCUCUGGAUCCCAGCAACCCCACCUGUAAAAAGAGGCUCUUUCCCAUUCUCUCCAUCUGCAGAGGUGCUGCCGUAACUGUCGGAAGCACGUUCAGGUUUUCUCUUCUCUGGCAUGGAGUUGGUGUUCACACCCGGGAUCAGGGCUGGCUCAGUGGAACGUCGGGCCCAAUCAUGCUUGAUUCAGAGAAAUAGAAUGGUCACUUCUUGAUGAAGUAUAGCCAGAUGUGCAGAACACAGGACCACGCUGAAUGGGGGGAUACAACCAGACCUGUCCCUGCCAGCCCCAGCCUGCACGUAUGCCCAGAGAUCCCCUCUCAUUUCAGCCCAGAUGAUGGGAACCAGGUGGGGAGGAUCAAGAAAUUUGCUUAGAACCAGCGUCACUCAAGCCUAGGCACUCCUCGUCCUAGGCAUCCUCCAGUCCCUGGCAUGCCCCAACUCCUGCCGGUGGCUCCAUGAGGAAAAGAGGUGGGACUGAAGCGAGGAGUCAUGGAGGACCCCGACCACUGCCAGGUAUUCAGAACACAUUUUACUUCCAUCAUGGCUGCCCCUUGUUUAAUUAUAGUGGUGACUUUGAAGAACAUUCUGGAAUACAUUUUAUUAUCCUAAAAGUCUUCAUUGAGGAAACCUCCAACCUAUCACAUAUGGCCCAAGAGGAGACUGGUUACUCCCUCGGUGAUAGAAAACCUCUUGGAGGAGAGAACAUUGCUUUAAAGGAGGCUGAAAUCUCCUCCCCUCGCUCCCACCUGGAUCUGGAAACCAACGGAUUCCUAUGCGCUGCACGGCACAGCUGCGAGCCCUCCCAGGAGGGUGCGGGAGGCCCGAUCCCAGUGUCACCCGCUGGCUCUGUGAUCUCUGCUAAGCUUCUUCAUCCUUCUGCUCUGUCACGUGCAAACCAAAUGCUCUGGGAGCCACCCUGGCUUCUCCAUCACAGAGAGGCAGCAUUAGAGCUGGAAGCUGUUCUUGGACUGAGCGCUGCAGGUCCCUUCUUCCCGACAGUGUGUCUCAGAUUUCUACAGGAAUGCCAUAGUUACCAGCACACGAGUAAGGACCAGACCAGGGUAACCAGCCAUCCAGCCUGUCCAGGCGUUUCCUGGUUGCACCACUGAGUGUUCUGAGCCCUGGAACCAUCCAAUCAAUCACCUUGCCUGCACUCCCCUUGGCUGUGAGAAGGGGAGCUGGUGGUGUGUCCUCCAUCCCUCAUAUCUUCUCCCCUCUAAUCGAGACUGGGGGUGGCUCCUCUGCCAGGGGUGACGGAAAGGUAGAAAAGACCCAUUUGAGUUUAACAGAGAAGAGGGAAGAGGAACCUUCAAGAUGUCAAAGAGCCGGCCUCUCCUAGCUUCAAGUUUAACCAGGUUGGGAUUUCUGGCCUGGCCCAGAC